AUGAUCAAAAUCAUAUUUCCAGUCAUUUUCUUAUCUAUCUGCUCAGCUUUAGCGGGAAUAAUAGUCUUUAUUCUCAUUCGAAUUUAUUAUCCUCCUUUGGCUGACAGAGUUUCUUUUAGAUUAGGAUUUGCUACAAUGAUUUCAGAUAUUGGUUGUUCAAUUUUUCAAUUAAUGGCGUCCCUUAUAGAAAAUAAACCUGGAUUUAUGUGCGGAUUCAUGACAUGGGGAGUUAUUUGCUUUACUCUAUUGUCGGUUUUUCUUACAGCUUGUAUUGCAAUCAAUCUUCAAGCAAUAUUUAUUCAUGAAUAUAAAGGGAGGCAUAAUUUAGAAAAAUUUUAUUUUAUAUGUUCAAUUGGUUUGGCACUUUUGAUUUCAUCUCUUCCGUUAACGCAAAAUAUGUAUGGAUAUAAUGAACCCGAAGCUUUGUGUUGGUAUAAAGGAUCUGGACAGAAACAUAAUUUCAUCUGGCAAUGGACAACAUUUUUUGGAUGGAUAAAUCUCUGUGUAAUUUAUUGUUCUAUAGUAGUAAUAGCAAUCAUUAUAAAACUUCGUUACACAUCCAAACGACGUGAUUCUACCGUUGAUUCUUUAACACUUACACAAAUCUCAAAAAGUGAUUCUAGAGAUAUUGUAAAAAAGAGUACUUUAAUUUCUGUAGUGGUUAGAAAAGUAAUUUGGUAUCCUGUAAUACCAUUGAUAACUCAAACAACUAAUUUUAUGGUUGAAACGGAAAUUUAUACUAAACGAAAAGUUUCUUAUGAAUUAUUUCUCGCAUGUCUCUUAACUGUUUCAAGUCAAGGAUUUUUAAAUGCUCUGGUAUUCUUUCAAGAUAUUGCAGUGAGACGUGCCAUGCAGGUGAAUAAACUUAAUUGGUGGUAUCGUUAUGUGAAUAUUUAUGAAGUUAAAUAUCCACAUUUAUCAGAAAACAAAAAAAUCGAAUGCCUCAGGGAAUCAAAAAAUUUAGAUUAUGAUAAUUCUUGUGAAAAUUAUAGUGAACCUUCAGAACUUUCUUGUAACAAUGAAACGAACGAUACAAUUAGUAAUAAUAAUAAUACAUUACAAAAAUUCACCAAUUAUCCAAAAUUUCACGAAAAAUUACGUUAUAAAUUAUUAAUUAAAUUAUUUUCAAUUCCUGAACCUACGGAACAAUUGAUUACGCUUCAAUCUUCGCCUUCAUCAUUUAAAGAGUUUAAAAUAUCAAAAAUAAAAAAAUUAAAAAAAUUAAAUAAUAGGAUUAGUGGAAAAUUUAGUAAUAGUAAUACAAAAAAACAAAGAUAUUCCUUUCAAUCAAAUUCAUAUAAUGAUUCUUUUGAUGAUAACAAAAAAUCUUAUAGUUUAGAUCCUAAACUUCUUAAGUCUUUUAACUCUCUUAAUUCUUUUAAUUCUAAUAAUUCUUUUAAUACUAAUAAUUCAUUUAAUACCAUUUCACGAUCAUCAUCAGAUCAUUUUACCUCAUCCAAUCAUUUAAUUUCUUUACCACCUCUUGUUCAUCGAAAUUCAUUAAUAAAAGAUACUCGACUCACAAUUGGAGAUGAAAAUCCACUUCCGAUAUCUAACUCAUUUUAUAAAAUAAAUAGGGUCGAAGAUGACAAUAUAAGUAAUAGUGAUAAUAUAAACAAUAGAAGAAAUAAUAGAACAAAUAAUCAAAGACCAUUUUCAUUAGAAGAUAUAAAAGAAGAAUUAAUAAUAGAAUUCGAUAAAUCACAUGAUGAGAAAUCUCAAGAGUGUGAAUCGAUUAUUCUGAAAAAAUUAUAA